AUGUCUGACGAUCAGGAGCUCGUUACCAAGCCCUUCAACUGGUACGAAAUUCCCCGUCCUGACGCCGUCCACGACUGCGACACAAUCGAAAGCACCGAUGCCCGCUUCCCGAACAUGAACCAGACCAAGCACUGCUGGCAAAACUACGUCGACUACCACAAGUGCAUCAACGCCAAGGGCGAGGAGUUCGCUCCCUGCCGCCAGUUCUGGCUCGCCUACCGAUCUCUGUGCCCCUCCGGCUGGUACACUCGCUGGGACGAGCAGCGCGAGGCUGGCUCUUUCCCCGUCAAGCUCGACGCGUAA